UGCCCAAAGGCGGUGAUCCCUUUGCCAGAACCACGAACGAACGACUCCCACAGCUGAAGACAGCUCAGGCUUCGGACGGUGGAGGGACAGUCGUCCCCGCUCAGUGCGGGGGUUCCUCGCGCUCACCUGCCUCCCGCUUGCGCCCUGGGCGGGGCUUCCCGCGUCCCCUUUAAGAGGCCGCAUCACCCGCCCUGACGUCAGGGUGUCUCUCCGCACAAGCCCGCGUCCCGCGCCGCGCCCCCGCGCCAGCAGCUCCCGCGGCCGCACGACCAGCGGCGGCCCGGCGACCCCAGCCGCCUCUCCGCAUCUGCAUCUGCAUCUGCAGCUGCCGGCCGCGCAGCCUCCCGCAUCCCAUCAUGUCGGUGGCAGGGCUGAAGAAGCAGUUCCACAAAGCCACUCAGAAAGUGAGUGAGAAGGUAGGAGGAGCGGAAGGCACCAAGCUCGAUGAUGACUUCAAAGAGAUGGAGAGGAAAGUGGAUGUCACCAGCAGGGCUGUGAUGGAGAUAAUGACAAAAACGAUUGAAUACCUCCAACCCAAUCCAGCUUCCAGGGCUAAGCUCAGUAUGAUCAACACCAUGUCGAAAAUCCGCGGCCAAGAGAAGGGGCCAGGCUACCCUCAGGCGGAAGCACUGCUGGCAGAGGCCAUGCUCAAGUUCGGCAGGGAGCUGGGUGAUGAUUGCAACUUUGGUCCUGCUCUUGGUGAGGUGGGAGAAGCCAUGAGGGAGCUCUCGGAGGUCAAGGACUCAUUGGACAUGGAAGUGAAGCAGAAUUUCAUCGACCCCCUUCAGAAUCUUCAUGACAAGGAUCUGAGGGAGAUUCAGCAUCACCUGAAAAAGCUGGAAGGCCGACGCUUAGACUUUGAUUAUAAGAAGAAGCGACAAGGCAAGAUUCCAGAUGAAGAACUCCGCCAAGCUCUGGAGAAAUUCGAUGAGUCUAAAGAAAUCGCCGAGUCGAGCAUGUUCAACCUCUUGGAGAUGGAUAUAGAACAGGUGAGCCAGCUCUCCGCACUUGUUCAGGCUCAGCUGGAGUACCACAAGCAGGCAGUGCAGAUCCUGCAGCAGGUCACUGUCAGGCUGGAAGAAAGAGUUCCCUGAUGGAAAUAAUAGUGUCUUCCACUUUCUGCUUCCCUAUCUAUCAAGAAAGAGAGAGCUCCCCAUGGCUUUGCAUCCUCUUUCUGGUUCUCUAGUGAGGCAGCUAUCAACGACUGUGCAUCUGUACUGGACUCAUGCCUAUUAAUUUGGGCAUGAGCAACCUCAAAUGUCACCUCCUUUAGCCCAGACCCCUUAAGUCUUCCUAGGUGGUUGGCUUGUUGAAUCUCUAGCAAUACUAAUUUAGUAUGUGCUCAAGAUUUCUAACCUUUUAGAAGUGUUUGCAUUCUAAUUAAUGAAGGUGGCAACACGCCAAUCUAUGUUCACAUAUCUUCAUACCUCGGUUGAGUUAGGAAAAGCUUAUUUCUGAGCAACAGGGCAGAAUAUGAGGCUGGUUCUUGAUGCCUCAUUAAUUUGAUCCUUGCUAGAGGUCCUAUGUCCUUUUGGGAUCUUCAUUGUCUAUUUAGAUGAUAAAAUGUCAUAUAAUCCUUAGACACCUCUUUGUAGCUCAUGGCUAUUUUGGCUAAAACUGCUUAGUCCUUUCAGGUAAAGUCACAGAGCUCUACUUCAGGGCAAUCACAGAAACUACCAUGUGGUAGGACUUUCUGCUUGUUCAUGCAACUCACCUCCUUUGUAAAAGACACCUCUUUCUGUGGAAUGUGAAAUGAGUAUAAGACUGUUGUGAAAAUGGUGCAAAGCUAUGUAGAAUUAGCAAAACAAGAGUUAUCACUUAGACUUUUCUUUUUAGAAAUUUACAUUUUUGAUUUGAAUAAAAUUUAGAGGAGCCCCUCUAACUGAUUCCAAGCUAUCAGAACUAGAAUGAUUUCUUGGUCUAGCUGUCUCCUCUGUUUCUGUCUCUGCCUCUGUCUCUGUCUGUCUCUGUUUCUCUGUCUCUCUCUUUCACAUGUGCGCAUGCUUGCACGUGUACACACACACACACACACACACACACACACACACACACCUAAAAGUCCAUGUAUUGAAUGAGAACUCACAAUUAUAACUGCUGGUAUCCCUGAGGUGAAAUUAUUCUUUGUAAGAGAAAUACAUCAUCUUCAAAUAGAACAUGCAGAAAUAGCAUCUAAAGUUUAGUAAAGAAAGAAAACAAAUGGCACACAAUUAAAAUAGACAUGUUCUCCAGGAAAUUACUCCUCAGGCAUCACAAUAUGACUUCACUUUUGGUUUUGUCUAGCCUACUGUAUAUACCACAAAUCUGAAGUAUUUUUGGAUGAUGCAGUUUUUUAUUUUCAUCUUUUUAAUUUUAUGAUACAAAAUGGCCAAAGAUCACUGGGAGGCAUAUGAUUUAAACUUUGCCCACAAGAUGCAGUAUCCAUGGAUACCAUUGCUAUGUCCUAACUCAGCAUCUCACUGUGGCCAUUAUGACCAUCAUUUUAUAUGUCUGUCUAUUACUGACCGUGUUAACCAUACUCAUCACCAGGUAUACCACCUACUUAUGCUAUAGGUCCAAGGGAAAAUUCUGGUUUCUUCACACGAAUUUGACUAUUAAUCAGAGCAGUGGACUUGGGAUGUUUCAAAGUGGCAGAUUUGGCUAGUACCCAUUUCCGGGCCUCUGGGAAUCACAGAGUAGUCACUUCUCCAUACAUUCCAAAGCCAAACCAGAACCAUUCCUGCCAGCAUUUCAAUUAAUUAGGAAAUCAAGAAGCCCCAAUCUCUCAGAAGAUCAGUUUGCAAAAGUGUUUUUUUUUUUCAUUCUAAAUAAAUGUCUGAUUUUGAAAGCACUAAAGACAUUGGCAAUCAUAAGUUUUCAACCUAAUAGCAAUUUGAUAUUAAAACUUUUGUAGUUAGUUUAUGCAUGCAAGAUUUCCAAGUGGGACUACAGACAAGACAGAAAAUAGAGAAGUCAGAUAUAUGAAGUAGUAUGGCUGGGGGGAAAUCAUGUUAGGUUCAGCAAGCCUGACUUGGGUUGCAGCCCAGUUCCACUAGCUUUCCUCUCCAUCUGACUUGGAACGACAUACCACCAAGCUUUCAUGUGGAGCAUUGAAGAGAUUGGGUCGAUAAUAAACACAUCAGCAAGGUGCAGAGUGCAUGUUAGUUUCACUUCUCUGUAAGAAGGAAUCCUGACAGAGAAGACAUUACAUAACAAUCACCGAUUUCUGAUGGUGAGCCCACAGUUGCAAACACAUGAUUUAAAAUAUGAGAGAACUGCCCGCUAUAAGAUACCUAUUUCUUUGGAUACAGAAAAUGUGGUACAUGUACACUAUGGAGUACUACUCAGCUAUUAAAAACAAUAAAUUUAUGGAUGGACCUGGAGAAUAUCAUCCUGAGUGAGGUAACCCAAUAACAAAAGAACUCACAUGAUAUGCACUCACUGAUAAGUGGCUAUUAGCCCAGAAACUUAGAAUAUCUAAGAUACAAUUUGCAAAACAUAUG